AUGGAGGGAAAUGAGACUCUGCCGGAUCAUCUACGGUGCAAAAGAACAGACGGUCGACAAUGGCGGUGCAAUCGGCGAGUCAUGGAAGAUAACAAGCUCUGCGAAAUUCACUAUAUCCAAGGUCGUCACCGUCAGAAUAAGGAAAAAGUCCCUGACUCCCUCAAACUCGAAAGAAAGAAACCCAAUAAAAAGCCGCAAAAUCUGCACUCUCAGCUUCACAAUCUCGAAAUUAGGGCCAAAAAAAUUGUGAAGAAGUCUAAAAAAUCUAAGCGAAAGCGAUGUGUUUCGGAGGCGCUGGACGAGGCAUUGAAGAAGAUGAAGUUGAAGAGAGGUGAUUUGCAGUUGGAGUUGAUAAGGGUGUUCUUGAAAAGGCAAGUGGAGAAGAAGAAGGAAAGAGAAUUUGAGAGAGACAAUGAGAGAGAGUUGAGGAGAAAGUUGCCUAAUGGAGUACUGGAGAUUUCGUCGUCGCCAUCCCCCAACAAAUUUAACAAUGUAGGCUGUUAUAAUGUCAAAUUAGGGCUAAAUUCCUGUUCCAAUUUGUUUUCGCGGCGGUCUUUUCGGUCCAAGAAUAUCGAAAGGUUUCCCUUUGAUACAAUGCAGGCUAUGCCACCUGCACAGAGUGUUGGGAAUUUGAAGAAAGGGAAGAGGAAGAAAUGCCAUUGCUGUAGGAGAAGUAAUCAGUGGGGUUUAACUAAAUGUUCAAGUAGUCAGAAACAUUUCUUUUGUCGGGAUUGCAUCGGACGAUAUGUUGAUAAGCAAGAAGUAAAGAUGGCAUGCCCUGUUUGUCGUGGAACCUGCAUCUGUAGGGCCUGCUCAAAAAAGCAAUCUAAAGACGACGAACAUGAGGAAUUGUAUAGGGAUAAAAACAAGGUUGAGAAAAUCCAAUUACUUCACUAUCUGAUCUGUAGGCUUCUUCCUGUGCUGGAACAAGUAAACCGGGAACAGAGCAUUGAGCUGGAUAUAGAAGCUAAAAUAACAGGAAAAAUGCCGUCAGAAGUUAAGAUUCAGCAGGCUGAAUUAGGCUGGCAGACUAUAAUUUGCUGUAACUGCAAGAAUUCAAUUGUUGAUUUCCAUAGAAGCUGCACAAAUUGUUCCUAUACUCUUUGCUUAAGUUGUUGUUGGGAGUUUUGUCGGGGGAGAUUACCUGGUGGUAUUAAAGCAUUUCAGUUCAAAUACCCAAGUACAAGGAAAUGUGGUACGUCUGAAGGCGAGCUGCUCUCAGAGAUGAAGCAGACUAGCAUAUCUAGGAAAAGUUCUGGCAGGGCACACAUCGUUUCUCCCAUGUUAUUGCAAAAAUGGAAAGCUUGUGCUGAUGGCAGUAUAUCUUGCCCACCCGGGGCUCUUGGUGGUUGUGGGGAUAGCCUUCUGGAUUUGAGAUGUGUCUUACCCUUCAGUUGGACCAAAGAGCUAGAAGUAAUAGCAGAAGAAAUAGUUUGCAGCUAUGACUAUCCAGAAACUUCAGAUGCUUCUUCCUGUUGUUCACUUUGUGGCGGCACAGAUUAUAAAGCUGGUGGAAUCAAGCUAUUGCAAGAAGUGGCUAGGCGAAAAAAUUCGAAUGACAACUUUCUAUAUUGCCCCACCAUGAAAAGUCUUCAUGAGGAAAACCUUGAACACUUUCAGAAGCAUUGGGGAAAAGGUCAUCCUGUUAUAGUUCGGAAUGUGGUUCAGAACUCAUUGGAUCUGAGUUGGGAUCCUUUAAUCAUGUUCUGUACUUACCUUGAGAAAAGCAGUGCAAAAUCCCAGAGUGAUAAGGAAACAGUCAAAGCCACCAAUUGCUUGGACUGGUGUGAGGUAGAAAUUGGUAUGAAACAAGUAUUUAUGGGGUCUCUAGAGGGACAGACUCAUGCAAAUAUGAAGCGCGAGAUGCUGAAACUGAAAGCUUGGCUUUCUUCUCAUUUAUUUCAAGAACAGUUUCCAGCCCAUUAUGCUGAGAUCAUGCACUCUCUGCCACUUCAAGAGUACAUGAAUCCUAUAUCUGGUAUUCUAAACCUAGAUGUGAAGUUGCCGCAAGAAAUGCGAAGGUCUGACUUAGGACCUUGUAUAUAUAUCUCAUAUGCUGGACCAGACGAACUUAUGCAGGCUGAUUUUGUGACGAAACUAUGUUAUGAAUCAUAUGAUAUGGUCAAUAUUCUUGCACAUGCUACAGAUGUUCCAGCUUCCACAGAGCAGCUGACUAAUAUCAAAAAGUCAAUUAAAUCGCACAAAGUUCAAGAUAAUAAGGAGUCUACCACUAACAUUACUGAUCAGAAAAUAACGAAUGAUGCGAAAGGAAAAUCAUCUUCGCAGAGUGAAGUCACUGAAGAGUCAAGCUUGCAGGAUAUGGUUGGAGAAGGCUUGCACCUAGCCAAUGGAACUGCUAAAGUAUCUGUGCGUUCUUGUGACUCACUUAAGAACUGUGCUUUAAGUGCGGAAGAUGGAAAUAUGUCCCAUUCCAGUGACCAUGAUUCUGAAUUUGAUUUUGAGGCCACAAUACAUUGCUCUGGAAUCAUUCAAAGCUCUGGAGAUUCAGACGAUCAGAACUUCGAUGAUGAUAUAGAAAGCUGUAGUUGUUCUGGAGAGAACUUAGUGGCUGACUCUUGUGGUGCCCAAUGGGAUAUAUUUCGCAGACAAGAUGUCCCAAAGCUUUUAGAAUACCUGAAGAGGCACUCUAACGAGUUCAGCUAUACCCACUGCCCUCCAAAACAUGUGGUUCAUCCAAUUCUUGAUCGGGAAUUCUUCCUUGAUGCAUAUCACAAAUUGAGGCUUAAGCAGGAGUUUGAUAUUGAACCAUGGACGUUUGAACAACACCUUGGGGAAGCUGUCAUCAUUCCUGCUGGAUGUCCAUAUCAAACUAGAAAACUUAAGUCCUCUGUUAAUGUUGCGUUGGACUUCAUUUCACCUGAAAAUGCUGCCGAGUGCAUCAAUUUAAAUGAUGAACUCCGUCUACUUCCCCUACGCCACAAAGCAAAAGAAAAAAUGUUUGAGGUGAAGAAAAUGAGCCUCUAUGGAGUCAGUGCAGCAAUAGAAGAAAUCCGUAACCUUACACAUGCAGAGCUUGGAAGACAAUGA